UACUGUGUUAUUUUAGUGUACUAUAUGCUGCUCUCAGGGCUGCAGUUCUCAAUAGAUUCAUUUUACUGUGUUAUUUUAGUGUACUAUAUGCUGCUCUCAGGGCUGCAGUACUCAAUAGAUUCAUAUGACUAUUUUAUACUGCUUCAGGUACCACUGCAGAGUAGCACAAUACCUGCGUGACUUAUUAUAGACAUGUUGCUCUUGAAGCACGAGAGCUUAUUUUAUUAGGACCUGAGCACUGAUGGUGUGAGGACCCUAUUGUAAUUGCUCAGUAAAUUAUUGUUGUUCUCUGAAAUCAUUUUUGAGGGCCUAAACAUUCUCGAAAACUCAUGAAACUUUGCACACGUGUCAGAAGUGGUGGAAAUGUAUGUCUCAUAAGGGUUUCACAAUUAGGUGUGGCAAAAUGGCUUGACAGCGGCACCUUCAAAAUGUCAAUUAAGCACAGUUCGUGCUACGUUUAACGUACAAGUAUGAAAUUCGGUUGCCCACCGGUUUUCCUAAAGCCACCGGGUGCAAAGGCCCUUUCAUCACUGCUUUCAGCUUUAAUUUUAUCCUAAUAUUUGAUGCUUUAAAAUUGGUGUCAUUGUUCUCCAUAGGUAAUGCUAAUGUUUCCAAUGUUUUAUUAUCAGCUUAUUCCUCUGCUUUCAAGGAGCAUUUCUUUCUGAGAUAAAUGAAUGUCUUACAAAUUAUGAAGUCUGGAGGACUGCAUGGAAGAGGCAUCGGAAGGAUUGGACCCUAUCCACUUUACAUGGAGAGUUUUGAAUCCCUCAUAGAAAACAACGAAGUAUCUGAUGAGAUAAUGGAUGCUUUGUUCCAUCUGUUCAGCAGGAAGCGGCCAGAUGUUUUGGCCAUCAAUAAUCAGACCCUGGGUCACAUUCUGGAGGGUGACACCCGGGCUAGGAGCAGUUAUUUUACGAAGAAGAACAUAUUUGAAAAUAAAACUAAGGUUGUUGGUCCCUUUUUGGAGGACGGGAAUCAUUGGACUUUUUUUCACUGCAGCAUUGUUGACCGUACAAUUACAUACCUUAAUUCACUUGGGGAAACAGAUGAACAAUACAACAAAAUAGCAGAAAACUGGAGCACAUUUGCUGCUUCAAAAGGCUACCAGGGGCCAUGGAAAAGAGUUCUCAGGAAACAUAGCUUACAGCAUGAUAGCAUUUCAUGUGGUGUUUUCACAGCUGUGUUUGCUGAGGCCAUACUUGGAGGCUCGGGGGGAUACCUUAUGUGCUCUCCUAUCCAGGAAGAGAGGGAGCGUCUGGGGACACUUCUCUUUAGUUCACUUGAUAGGUCAGGUAUUUGUGGUGUCUGUUUUUACAAGGUACCCAGGAAGAACAAGGAAAAAUGUUCAACAUGUUUUGUAAAUAUUCAUAAAAUCUGUCUACCUGGGAGACAGGAGGAUGCAAAGUGUCUUUUUUGCAAAGAAAAAAGCUCAGGAGAAAGAGAGGACGAACCUGAGGGACAAGACAGAUCAGGAGAAAAAGAGGAUGAACCUGAGACACAAGACAGAUCAGAAGAAAAAGAGGAUGAACCUGAGGGACAAGACAGAUCAGGAGAAAAAGAGGAUGAACCUGAGACACAAGACAGAUCAGGAGAAAAAGAGGAUGAACCUGAGACACAAGACAGAUCAGGAGAAAGAGAGGAUGAACCUGAGGGACAAGACAGCUCAGGAGGAAGCAACCAAAAUGAAGGAAUUCAGGAAGAAAGCAGCUCGGGACUUAACCAAGUUCAAGGUAAAGUUUUAAGUAAGAUCUUGGAAAAACACAAACCUGCUUAAAAAAUUGUGGACACUUUGUCCUACAUGAAUUUUCAUGUGAAAUUAAGGUUGUUAAUAUUGAGAUAUCAUGCCAUUUGCUGCUGCUCUGUAACUGCUUUAACCUGUGGAAGGUUUUAGCCAUUGUAAAAAAAAAACAAUCAGUGGUUUUAAUGUUACUGCAGUGAACAAUGUGAUUUGUGUGUUGAUUUGUGUAGUAAAGAACCAGUGUUUAUAUUGACACUGAUAUAAACAAAGAAAACCACAAUGCAUUUAUUAAUCUAUAGACAUAGUAAUUACUUUUAACUUAAUUUAAAUGAAAGCAUGCUAUCCCUCUCCCAUACUGAUACUGUUACUUUUCUUUUUAUUCACCC